GGAAUGGAUCUGUAAAACACAAACAGUAUGGACCUUUUGGAGCUGUAGGCGUUUCCGGGACUUUCCUCCUCUGGAGCGGGAUGACAACAACACAAUAGUGUUGGCAACUUUCAAGUGUUAAAGUUCCCACAGUCGCAAAAAUGAGGAUACAAGGGCAGCCCGAGGGUGCGAGGAGACGCCUGGAUUUGAGCGCGCCCGGCGAGCUACGGGGUGUGGAGAUCACCCGCGGCCGUGCGGGAUACGGCUUUACCAUUUCAGGACAGAGGCCGUGCGUGCUCAGCGGCAUCCUGGAGGGAAGCCCCGCCGACCUGGUCGGACUCAAGCAGGGAGAUCGCAUCAUGGCCGUCAGCGGUACGGACGUGUCCGCGGCUUCGCACGAGACCGUGGUGCAGCUGAUCGGCGGCUGCAAGGGGCCGCUGCCGGUCGUGGUGCUCACUGAAGGCCGCAGGAUGGGGAACCCCAUUCUUAACAACGCAAAGUUCGUUGGGAAAAGCGGGGUUUACCAAAAGGCAGGCGUUCUCCGCACCAUCUCGCACGAUUCGAGCAAAAUACAGAACUCUCGCCAUGUUGCCGCCAUGAAGCAGAGGCCAGUUUCAGAGCCCGACAUGUCUCAGUGGUCGCAGCAGUGGAGUGUUUUAGCCAAGCAGCCAAAAGAGGAACCCUCCACAGUUGGCGAUGCAGACUCUGUUUGUACUGAUGGAGACGAGGCUAAUCCAGACUGGGGUCUUCUGAACAUGACCCUGGUCGUGGGAUACCUCAGCACCACAGAACUGAUUCUGAACACUAAUGAAUCGGAGGACGACUGUCUGAAAGCCAUCCGUGAGAGAAUCAGAAAGCUGGGCACGGAGCAGGACACCCACACCCUGGUGAUGAUGAAGAUUAUGUUUGACUGCAUACGGCUCUGUGACGACGCCGGCGACGUUUUGGCAGCCUUUCCUACGGAGAACCUUGUCUUAGGGGCAGUGUGUGCUGAAGACCCUCGUUUCUUUUGCCUGGUCACCACAGCACACAUCAUCAAUGGCCGGGUACCUGAGGACGGCCCCCUGCGGUCCUCCUGCCACGUUUUCUUCAUCGACCCGCAGCUGGGAAACCACCAGGACCACGUGGGGAUUGCCGGGCGCUUUGGCUUUGAUUGCACUCCUGAUCCAGACGCUUUGGGCUGCCUGGAAUUCCCUCAGACUCCCCCAGACGUCCUUCACUUCGUCGCAGUGCUUUACAGCGACCUGGGGGAGGCUGUCGAAAGGCUCCGAGCUAAACUGGACGCAGAGGCGCAGCAGCAGGCCAAGGAGAACGACAGCACCGGCAAUCAAGGCAGUGCCAGCAGCAACGGGGACAGCGGCAUCGGAACCGCUUCUCCCCCCGAGGAGAGAGCAGAUAGGGAUUUCCCUCCUGCAAUCCACAAUCACGCCGGGACCCACCUCCCCAGCUGUCCCUGGGAUUAUCCUCCGGCCGAAGACCUCACCCCAAUAAAUCACUCCGAGAGAGCCCGAAAACCUAAUCCAGAGAACAGUGCCAGCACACAUUCCCUUUCAGAGUCUCUAGCCGGCCCGGAUUCCCUCACCAGCUUUUAUGGAGGGCCCCCGCCCCGGCUGGAGUUCCACUUUAAACCCCCACCGCCUCCCCAGCCCUUGACUAAGAAAACAAACUUCUUCGCGGAGCCUUUCCGAGGCAGCCAGAGGUGGUUCUCAAAGGCAAAGUGGCCCAAAGUCCUCAGCAGUGAUCCUGAACCUCAAGGGACGCCCCCGAACAGCUGGUCCCCCGCCAUCAGCCUGAGCGCUAGCACCAACAACCUACCCCCCCCAAUGAGCCAGAUCCCCUCGGACAGGUACCAGGCAGCAGAGGUCACGAUGCUCCCUCCCAGGGAGGAAUGGACCAGGAGGUUUCUGGAGCAGAGGGAGAAGCAACAAAAAGACGGCCGCAACAAAAACGGUUCCAAGUUUUGGGGAAUGGGGAUUGUUCGUGCCUCUAAACGUCGCUCCUCAAAGCGUCUCAGCCUGGCUCGGUCACUGGAUGAUCUCGAGUCUGCUGCUUCCUCAGAUGGCGCUCUAAAGUGGCCAUCUGCCGCCGCGUUAGCAGACUACAGUGGGAUCCAGCUGCAGGGAUGCUGCAGCCAGAGCAGCCUGAACAGCAAUGGGAGUCUUCCCAGAGCGGGCAGCCACCGCGGGCUUCCGGAGCAGCGCGUGGCCAGCUGGGCCGCCUGCUUCGAGCGCCUCCUGCAGGAUCCGGUGGGCGUGCGGUACUUCUCGGAAUUCCUGAAGAAGGAAUUCAGUGAGGAGAAUAUCUUGUUCUGGCAGGCCUGCGAAUACUUCAGUCAUGUCCCUGCAACCGAUAAAAAACAGCUGUCCCAAAGAGCUGGAGAGAUCUACAACAGCUUCCUGUCCAGCAAGGCCACCAUGCCGGUCAACAUCGACAGCCAGGCGCAGCUGGCCGACGACGUGCUCACCUCCCCGCAGCCCGACAUGUUCAAGACCCAGCAGCUGCAGAUCUUCAACCUGAUGAAGUUCGACAGCUACUCGCGCUUCCUCAAGUCCUCCCUUUACCAGGAGUGCAUGCGGGCGGAGGUGGACGGCCAGCCGCUGCCGGACCCCUACCAGAUCCCCUGCAGCCCGGCGCCGUCCAAACACAGCGCCAGCUCCGACCGCUCCACCCUGUCCACGCCCAAAAAGGACGUCAGGAAGCAGAGAUCGGGCCGGUCGCUGAACGAGGACCACAGAGACGAGAGUGCCGACAAGAAGCGGGGAAUCUUCUUCUCCUGGUCCCGGAACAGGAGCUUCGGAAAGGGUCCCAAGAAGAAGGAGAUCGGAGACAUCAACCUGGACUACUGGGGGAGCAACGGCCGGAGGGAGUCCCAGGGCUCGCUGUCGUCCGGCACCAGCCUGGAGAUGGCCACUUCCUGCCCGGCCGGCAAACUCGAGGCGGACAACCGGCACUCGGUGGGAGUGUGGGAGCGAUCGGCCAAGCAGUGCAGCGUGCUGCUGCCCGGCGGCGCCGCCUCCUCCAUCACGCUGCGGCCCGGCGCCUCCAUCAGGGAGGUGCUGCAGGACCUCUGUCAGAACAUCGGCGUCAACAUCGCGGCCGUCGACCUCUUCCUGGUGGGAGGAGAGAAGCCGCUGGUGCUGGACCAGGACUGCCUGACCCUCAGCUCCAGAGACCUGAGGCUGGAGAAGCGAACCCUGUUCCGGCUGGACCUGGUGCCCAUCAACCGCUCCGUGGGGCUGAAGGCCAAGCCCACCAAGCCGGUCACGGAGGUCCUGCGCCCCGUGGUGGCUAAAUACGGCCUGCACCUCGGCGAGCUCGUGGCGAAAAUAAGCGGGGAGGCGGAGCCUCUGGACCUCGGCGCCCCCAUCUCCAGUCUGGACGGCCUGCGGGUCGUGCUGGAGCGAGCGGAUCCGUCCUCAGGGAAAGACAAAUCCAAGUCUUCCUCCUUGAAGGGCCAUCCUCCCACCAGGAGCUUCUCUGCUACAGGAGAUGAGAGGUCAGCACCAAAGGACUUUUCUGUGAGAGCGAGCGGACCGGACUCGGCGCUCCCAGGGGAAAAGCCAAAACAGAAAAAGAUUAAUAUAGAUGAAGCGGAAGAAUUCUUCGAGCUGCUGAGCCGGGCGCAGAGCACCCGGGCCAACGACCAGCGCGGCCUCCUGAGCAAGGAAGACCUGGUGCUGCCCGACUUCCUGCGCCUGGCGGCGCCCGCCGCCGCCCCCUCCCGCUCCGUCUCCUCCGACCUGGCCUGCUCCACCCCGGGCCGGGAGAACGGCGCCCCCCCGCACCGGGGCGGGCUGCUCGGCUCCGGCCUGCGCUCCGAGAGCCUGGACUCGUCCCUGGGCUCCGGCGCCGCCGGGCCGCCGGGGCCCCGGCGCUGCCUGCUGCCCCCGCCCCGCCACCCCACCUUCGGCACCCACCUGUCGCCCAUCUCCCGGCCCGCGGACGGCCGGCCGGGCCUGCUGCGCACCGUGGAGGAGGACGCGCACGGCGACCUGACGCUGGUGGGCGAGGGCGACAUCAGCAGCCCCAACAGCACCCUGCUGCCGCCGUCGCCGCCGUCGUCGUCGUCGGCGCCGUCGUUCGGGAGCAGCCUGCCGGAAGCCAACUUCACCCCGCCGCCGCCCUGCGCCCCGCCCGACGAAGAAAAACCCUCUGCAGAUCCGCCUGCCGACGCCGCCCGGCCGGCCCAGGACGUGAUGGACGUGGAGGGGGUGCACCUGGAGGAGGGGAACCCCGACCCGGAGCUCAGCCUGAGCUUCCAGGGCUACGUGGCCGAGCUGCGGCACUGCCAGAGCAGGAUGAGGGCCGGCCAGAACGGCCGCAGCGCCCCGGAGGACCAGGGCUGCCAGGCGGACCUCUACAAGGCCACGAUUGUCUAAAGGGGUCCCCCCUGUUCCCCCCCCCCCCACUGCUGCACUUUGGAAGCCUGAGGCACUGCCGUCUGAGAGCUGCAUGCACCAGCUGUCUGUUUCCUCCACAUUCCGCUCAUCGAUAUUGUAUAUUUGGUUGAGUUUUAGUAUCGGUUGUAAUUUUGAGACGGUGAUGUUUUCUUGUCUUUUGGUAUAGUUUGAUAAAUAUGUGUUAAAAAAAGUUCUAUUUUGAACCACAAGGAGGAAAAAAAUCGGAUUUAAGACUCAAAUGCUAUUUAAAGGGAAUAAGCCAACAAACUGGCUGGAAACCAUGAGCGAUUUCCGAAGCUUUUAAAUGAUUAUGAUGAAGUUUUAAUGUGUAAAAAAUGACUCAGGGUUAAAAAAAAGAAAGACAAACCAGUUGUGUGUCGCGGCCCUAUUAGGAAACAGUAGCUGCCGUUGUUGGACUUUUAUUUUCAAACAGGAAGAAAACCACACUUCUCUUGGAUAUUUGACUGUUUUGAUUGUUUUGCAGUUGCGACCCGACGGUACCGUUUUACCUGUACUUCCUGCUUCUGUGGUCUGAGGUUGUCCAAAUUGAUGAAUUAUUAAAAAGAU